UUGGAACCAUAUUCAUUUAUGUGCGAAAUCUUUGCAAAUUGUUCUUCAGUUCUAUUCUGCAGCUUAAAUCAGGAGAAAUUGAAUAUGAUCUUUCUUACGAUUUGUCUUUUCUUACUGAAAGGAUUUCAUGCCUCUGAAGUCAAUCAAACUACUCAGGCAACAGAUCGAAAUGGAAAGUUAAUCUUCUCAGUGAUAAGGUUCCCCAACGCUCCCUGUGUCGGAUCUGGAGGCUUUAAUGGAACCUGUUACACUGCCUCGGAAUGUUCAGCAAAAGGCGGCAGCUCAUCCCUGACGUGUGCUUCUGGAUUUGGUGUAUGCUGUGUUUUUUCUAUGGCAUGUGGAACCACGAUAUCUCAGAACAAUACCUAUCAUAUCAUUUCAAGCUUUACUGCAGCAACCACUGCUUCCCCCUGUACCUAUACAAUCUGCCCCUGUAACACCAACAUCUGUAAAUUAAGGCUGGAUUUUGAAACAUUUUCCAUAGCCGGCCCUCAAUCUGCUGAUGCUACUGCCAUAGCCAGUGUUGGCCCUUCUAUAGGAGAUUGUAGAACCGAUUCAUUCACAGUAACUGCACCUGACGGUGGGUCAGCCCCUCCUACCAUCUGUGGACUAAACACUGGACAACAUAUGUUUGUGGAUUCUAGUUCUUCCUGUAAUAAACUUUCCUUCAAUAUUGACACAGCCAAUUCAGUGAGCAGGAGCUGGAGAGUAAAGGUUACUCAGUAUGAUUGUGGAAGUAAUGUCCCAGGAAUAGUUGAUGACUGUCUUCAAUAUUUGACUGGAACCUCUGGAACUAUUAAAAACUUCAACUAUGACAGUUCUAAAAGUAACGCGGUCUUGGGUGCCAACACGCACUUGUCCAAUCAGAACUAUAAUAUAUGCUUCAGACAGGAACGAGGAUUUUGUUCAAUUUGUUUUGAUCCAGUAAAUCCAAGCACAACAGCCUCUUCAUUUGCUGUCAGUGCUAGUCCAAAUGCCGCAGCUCAGUCUGCAACAGGAACUACCUGUACGGGAAUUGCUAUAUUUUCUGAUUACAUUGAGGUCCAAAAUCUGCAGCUUUCAAUAGGUGCUGCUAUUGCUAUAGGAGUUCAGAGGAGUUGUGGAGUUCUUUUCAAUGAUAAUGGUAUCGGGACAGUGUCAGUAACCAUGUGCAGCUUUCAUGUCCCUUUCCGUUGGGGUGUUCGUUUUAAUGACGGAGAAACAACUGUUGCUUCUGCUGCUCUCAAUACAGGAGAGAAUGUCGCUCUUGGAGGAAUGUCUGGAUUUGAUAUGAACUGGUUCCUACGUGCCUGUUGAUUGAACUUAAUUCCAAAAAUCAUGAAUGUAAAAUGAAUUAACUAGUACUGCACAUUAUACACUAUAUGCUAAUCUCAAAAUAGUUUAAUAAAAUUUGUUUAAUGCAUUUGUAUA